AUGGACGUGGACGUGGACGUGGACGUGGACGUGACGUGGACAUGGACGUGGACUGGACGUGGACGUGGACGUGGACGGGACGUGGACGUGGACGUGGACGUGGACAUGGACGUGGACGUGGACAUGGACGUGGACGUGGACGUGGACGUGGACGUGGACGUGGACGUGGACGUGGACGUGGACGUGGACGUGGACGUGGACGUGGACGUGGACGUAGACGUGGACGUGGACGUGGACGUGGACGUGGACAUGGACGUGGACGUGGACGUGGACGUGGACGUGGACGUGGACAUGGACGUGGACGUGGACGUGGACGUGGACGUGGACAUGGACGUGGACAUGGACAUGGACGUGGACGUGGACGUGGACGUGGACGUGGACGUGCAUGAACUGACGUGGACGUGGACUGGACGUGGACUGGACGUGGACGUGGACAUGGACGUGGACGUGGACGUGGACGUGGACAUGGACGUGGACGUGGACGUGGACGUGGACGUGGACGUGGACGUGGACGUGGACGUGGACGUGGACAUGGACAUGACGUAG